GACAGAGCGCAGAUAGCGAUGAGCGCGACUCUACCUUUGGCGAUUCUGCCUUUGGUGACAAUCAAUCCUCCUACACCAUGUCGGCCACAUCGUCCGUCUUCGACUUUCGCUACGAGAACGGCAGGCGAUAUCAUGCCUAUGCCGAUGGCAAGUAUCCAGUGCCGAAUGAUGAUGUUGAGGCGGAUCGACUAGAUCUCCAACACCACGCGUUUCGCCUUACACUCGAAGGCAAGCUGUACAGGGCACCGAUUCCUGAAAACGUGCAGAAUGUGCUCGACGUGGGCUGCGGAACCGGCAUAUGGUCUAUUGAAUUCGCCGACGAGCAUCCAUCGGCUCAUGUACUCGGAACUGACCUGAGCCCCAUUCAACCCGCCCACGUACCCCCGAACUGUGAGUUUCUCAUCGACGAUUGCGAGCAAGACUGGAUUUUCCACACCAAGUUUGAUUACAUCCACACACGAGCCAUGGUAGCUGCCAUCAAGGACUGGGACCGCUUCUUCGACCAAGCCUACACCAAUCUCAAGCCCGGCGGCUAUCUAGAGUGUCAGGAAAUUGCUUUCCCCAUACGGUGCAUGGAUCCGGGAGUCACUGCCGGGGACUCGCCCCUGAUCCGGUGGUCGGAAUACUUCAUUGAGGCCGCAAAGAAGAUUAGUCUCGACGGUACUGGGCCUCGGCACUUUACUCCACAGCUCCGCAAUGCUGGCUUCACUAAUGUCAACGUCAAGAUGUACAAGUGGCCUGUUGGAAAGUGGGCAAAGGGCGCAAGGUUCAAGCUGCUCGGCCGGUUUGUGUAUGAAGAUCUAAUGGACUGGCUACCGAGCAGCUCGUUGGGACUAUUCACGCGCAUACUAAAGUGGUCAAGAGAGGAGGUUGAGGUGUUUCUGGCAGAAUGCCGAGCCGAGGCUAAGAGGAAAGACCGACACUACUACGCGGAUGUGUAA